UGUUUACAUCCGGCCGGGGCGCGCCGCCGCCGCCGCCUGAGGUAGUUCGGCAGGGGUCCGAACCGCCCGCACCAUGGACACCAGCGAUCUCUUCGCCAGCUGCAGGAAGGGGGAUGUGGGCCGAGUGCGGUAUCUGCUGGAGCAACGGGACGUGGAAGUGAAUGUGCGGGACAAGUGGGACAGCACCCCCUUGUACUAUGCCUGCCUGUGCGGGCACGAGGAGCUGGUACGCUAUCUUCUGGCCAAUGGAGCCCGCUGUGAAGCCAACACCUUUGAUGGGGAGCGCUGCCUCUAUGGGGCACUGAGUGAUGCCAUCCGCCGAGCCCUGCAUGAGUACAAGCAGGUGACGGCCUCCUGUAGGAGGCGGGACUACUAUGACGACUUCCUGCAGCGGCUUCUGGAACAGGGCCUCCACAGUGACGUGGUGUUUGUGGUGCAUGGGAAGCCCUUCCGGGCACAUCGCUGUGUCCUGGGUGCACGCAGCACCUACUUUGCCAACAUGCUCGACACCAAAUGGAAGGGCAAGAACAUCGUGGUCCUCAGACACCCGCUGAUCAACCCUGUGGCCUUCGGGGCCCUGCUGCAGUACCUGUACACAGGUCGCCUGGACGUUGGCGUGGAACACGUGAGUGACUGUGAGCGCCUGGCCAAGCAGUGCCAGCUGUGGGAUCUGCUCCGAGACCUGGAGGCCAAGUGCGAGAAGGUGUCCGAGUUUGUGGCGUCCAAGCCAGGCACGUGCGUGAAGGUGCUGACCAUCGAGCCCCCACCGGCCACGCCCCGACUGCGGGAGGACAUGGCCCAGCUGGCCCACUGUGCCCUGCCUCCUGAGCUCCGCGGGGACCUUGGGGAGCUACCCUUCCCUUUCCCUGACGGCGUCAACAGCUGCCCUGAUCUCUGCUUCCGGGUGGAAGGUUGCAGCUUUCUCUGCCACAAGGCCUUCUUCUGCGGCCGAAGCGACUAUUUCCAGGCCCUGCUCGAUGACCACUUCCGAGAGAACGAGGAGUUGGAGGCAUCAGGCGGCCUCCCAGCCAUCACCCUCCACGGCAUCUCGCCUGACAUCUUCACCCACGUCCUCUACUACAUCUACAGCGACCACACGGAGCUGCCCCCAGAGGUGGCCUAUGAUGUGCUGAGUGUGGCCGACAUGUACCUACUGCCUGGCCUGAAGCGGCUGUGUGGCCGCAGCCUGGCCCAGCUGCUGGACGAGGACAGUGUGGUGGGCGUGUGGCGUGUAGCCAAGCUCUUCCGCUUGGCGCGCCUGGAGGACCAGUGCACUGAGUAUAUGGCCAAGAUCAUUGAGAAGCUGGUAGAGCGGGAGGACUUCGUGGAGGCGGUGAGGGAGGAGGCGGCGGCCGUGGCCGCGCGGCAGGAGACGGACUCCAUCCCACUGGUGGACGACAUCCGGUUCCACGUGGCCAGCACGGUGCAGACCUACAGCGCCAUCGAGGAGGCACAGCAACGGCUGCGGGCACUCGAGGACCUGCUGGUGUCCAUCGGCCUGGACUGCUGACCGCCGGCUGGUGGGGAGGCCCCGUGGUCGCCUGCGUGGGCAAGUGUGUGCACACAUAACGCACGUGCACCCUGUCUUUCUGUUCCUUGUUCCCCCCAAGGCACCGUGGUGGCAGAGGGGGCUCGGUGGGGUGCCCCUCCCUUCCACAUUGGUGGCGGGGGCUGAGCCCCUUCUCCCAACUCAAGCCAGCCCCCAAGGCCCUGGGGCUGGGCACCACUCAGGGAAACCUGGGGUCGGGGUCUCUUAGGGCCUCCCCUCUCCCUGACCCCCUCCCUGCCCUGCUCUCCUGGCCCUGGUUUCCAGGCCAAGCCCGGUGAGCAGGCUUCCCCCCGCAUGGGGUUGGCCCAGAGGAGGCAGGAGAGGGAACAGUGUGUGUGUGUGGUAAUAAAGCUUGAAUUCACUGUGG